UCGAAUUAUCAGUUUGAAUCUCAAACAAGAAACUAUCAACAUGUCUGGACGUGGUAAAGGAGGAAAGGGACUCGGAAAGGGAGGCGCCAAGCGUCAUCGCAAGGUCUUGCGUGAUAACAUCCAAGGAAUCACCAAGCCAGCCAUCCGUCGUCUUGCCCGCCGUGGUGGUGUCAAGCGUAUCAGCGGUCUCAUCUACGAAGAGACCCGUGGUGUCCUCAAGGUUUUCCUUGAGAAUGUCAUCCGUGAUGCCGUCACCUACUGCGAGCACGCCAAGAGGAAGACCGUCACCGCCAUGGACGUCGUCUACGCCCUGAAGAGGCAGGGACGUACCCUCUACGGAUUCGGAGGUUAAGAAGUUACACUUCUGACCAACGGCAAAACGGCUCUUUUUAGAGCCACCAAAUACUCAAGAAAGAAUCGAAUGAAUAUUUCUGUCAUUAAUGAUUUUUUUGUGUGUGUGUUCUCAAGUCAAAUCCCCUUUCCCAAAGAAAAUGCCUAGAUUCACCAUUUCCAGCAAAUGGUUGAAAGUGGAAUCCACGGAAUAUUGAGCAAAUACAUGUUGCAUUACAAACUUACAGUUACAAA